GGGCUGCGGCCCGGCAGGAUCGUGCGCAAGAAGACCGCCACCCAGCAGGUGGUGCAGUGGAAGACGCGCAACGUGCAGGAGGGCAUCGUGCUGGUGGACGAGACGCAGCUAUCCAGGCUCAUCAAGCGCGACCCCAUCGACAAGUUCUACGACAUGGACCCCGAGCCUUUCGCCACGGGCAUGUUCGCCUCGGUGCGGCGCUGCCGCUCGCGCGACACCGGCACCCAGCUGGCCGCCAAGUUCUCCUCCAGGCUGCGGUACGGCGCCGACUGCUCCGCCGAGAUCCACCACGAGAUCGCGCUGCUGUCGCUGUGCAGCCCGUCGCCGCGCGUCAUCAAGCUGCACGACGUGUUCCAGACGGACGCCGAGAUCAUCCUCGUCAUGGAGUACGCGCCCGGCGGAGACCUGCAGACGCUAAUCGACGACAACAUCGUGCCCUACGAGUCGGACGUGGUGACCUUCACGCGCCAGCUGGUGGAGGGCCUGGCGUACCUGCACCAGCGCAAGAUCGCCCACCUCGACAUCAAGCCGCAGAACCUCGUCAUGAUGGGCGACUUCCCCGACUGCGACGUCAAGCUGUGUGACUUUGAGAUCUCGAGGGUCAUCCUGGAGGGCACGGAGAUACGGGAGAUCCUGGGCACGCCGGACUACGUCGCUCCCGAGAUCCUGCACUACGAGCCCAUCACGAUGGCGGCCGACUUGUGGUCGCUGGGCGUCACGGUCUACGUCCUGCUCACGGGCUUCUCGCCCUUCGGCGGCGAGACGGACCAGGAGACCUUCUGCAACAUCUCGCGCGCGCAGCUCGACUUCCCCGAGGAGCUGUUCGAGGACGUGAGCGCCGAGGCCCAGGACUUCAUUCGGCGUCUGCUGCAGCGCGACCCGAGGUCUCGGCCCACGGCCAAGGAGUGCCUCCGACACCCCUGGCUGUCGCAGCGGCCAGGGGCCUCGGCCGACGGCGGCGCGGGCCGCACCCGCAGCUGCGCGUCGUGCAGCAACGUGCCCUCCACCCCCAACCUCCGCAAGUACCUGUCCAAGUCCCGCGAGGCGCUGGCGGGCCCGGGCGGCCGCCUUUGCGAGAGCCAGACGUCGCUGGUGUCCAAGUCCCGCGAGCGCGAGCUGCAGGCGGCACUCGUGGCCAUGUCGCCGUCGCUGAGCCGCUCCAGGGAGAAGCUGUAUGGGCUGCGCAGCUUGUCGCGCUCCCAGGAGGUGCUGGCCAUGUGCCGCGCCCUACCCGUGCUGCGCACCCUCACCCGCGCCACCACCGCGGACCUCAGCGAGCUGGGAGUGGGCCCCGGCGCCGUCGCCCCCAGGAUGCGCCUGCACACGUCGGUGGGUUCCGAGCUGGACACCCUCCCCGACCUAGAGGACGAGUCCGAGCCCCUAUCCGGUUCCUUCUCCACUCCAGCCACCCCCGCCCCGCCGGCCGCCCCACAGCCGCCGCCCCUGGAACGAGCCACUAGCACGCCGGCCGCUACCAACGAGGCCGCGCCCGCCGUCGCCGCCCCCGUUACGUUUACCGCGACUUCGACUGUCACGCUUGCCACCCCCGCCAUGACCGUGCCAACCCCGUGCCUCGUCAUUCCUAAAACGGCAACCCCCACAUCCAAGAGUGAAGUGCCCACUGCGACGCAGACUUCCAUUCAAGACAAUGGGGUGCGCCCGGCAGCAGCCCCCAGCCUGCACCUAGACAAGGCCGCCGCGGCCUCCGCCACUACCAGCACUACGUCGCCUACCCCGGCAUCCACUAACGUGUCCUCUGCGGAUCCCCUUACCGCUCCAACUGCAGCUAGCUCCACGGUUUGCACCGAAACCCCUGGCGCUGAACCGGACGUGGAGGCCGAGGCCGAGGCCAUCCUCAACGCCUUGCGGCGGGGUCUGCUGGCCAGGGGCUCCCCCACGCUGCCCGCGUUGCUGGCACCCCUCAUGGUGGCGGCCGCCACGUCCAGCGGCCACGGCGGCGUGGUGGCCAACGGCUGCCUGGGCGCGAUGGACCGAGCCAUGGACCGAGCCAUGGACCGAGCCAUGGACCGCCAGUUCGACGCGGAGCCCUCCGCGCCCGGCCUUGGCUGCGGGCUGACGGUGGCGGGCGGGACGACCGCGACGGCGGGGCUGCAGCGAGAGCAGUCCACGCUGUCCUCGCACUCGGAAUCCUCGGAAAGCACGCUGGAGGGCGACGAUGACGGCCAGGGCCUUAACGACGAGGACCUCAACGAGGACGAACUGCAGGACGACGACAGCGACACGGAGCAGCAGGCGCAGCAGCAGGGCCAGCAGGAUGAGCAGCAGGAGCAGGAGGAGCCGCGCUUCACUGUGCAGCAGCUCAUCACGGCCUACAACCUGCACGACGAAGUGGUCACCAAGUCCUCGCUCGACUUCACCAUGGCCACCAAGGCCACCGACCGCGAGGUGAAGCUGCCGACGCCUCUCAGCAACGGCGGCGAGAACAGCAAGAGCAAGUUCCCCACUGGUCCCAACGCGUUGCGACUCUUCAUCCCGGACAUCGACAUCACCAACGCCAAGCCUCGGAAGACCAAGACCAAAACGAGCAAGCUGUCCUCCACAGCCCUGGCCUCCUCCAUCGAGAAGAUAGACGAAGAGCCCGACAGCGAGCAGCAGGCGCGCCUUUCGCCAGAUACCAUGAACAACAACAUCAACACCCACAUCAACAACAACAUCGGAAACAACAGCAUGCUCGCCGACGCCGCCAAGCUCGUCAUCCGCGUGGACGACAUGUCCGAGCCGCUGCCCGAUUGCACCGGCAAGAAGGCCUCCCCCAUCCCCACCACGACGUCCGUAGAUCCACCCGAGCCGCCGCCGCCGCCGCCACCCCCGCUGGUGUCCCUCCUUGAACCAAAGAAAAGCCCCAAGACCGCCCGGCCUUCCCCCGCGCCGCCGACAGCACCGACGCCGACGACGCCGACGACGCCGUCCUCCGUGCAGCGACACCGCCGCUCCGCGUCGACGCCCAGCUCGGAGCCGUACUCGCACUCGCGGUCCGCAGGGUCUAAUUCAAUGUACCUUUGCCUGUUCAAGAGCGUGGAAGAGCAUGCUUCUGGAGUUGGGUGCGGUGUUGUUCCGUGCUUGACUCAGUCGGAACGGUUUAAAAAAAUAACAUGUGGAAAUCUUCCCUUAGAGUAG